AUGACUCCAAUCCAACCGCAGAAUGUGGCACCUGCGAAGCGCAUGGUUUUGGUGGUCGCGGACGGGCUGCGAGCGGACAAGCUGUUCGAGAACAGGCUAGAGCGGGCGCCAUAUCUUCGCGAUGUCGUGCUUCACCAGGGAACUUGGGGUGUGUCGCAUACUAGAGUCCCGACAGAGUCCCGUCCCGGACAUGUUGCUCUCAUAGCGGGAUUCUAUGAGGAUGUGAGCGCCGUAACCAAGGGGUGGAAAAUGAACCCAGUGAACUUCGAUUCAGUGUUCAAUCAGAGCACGCAUACAUGGUCCUUCGGAUCGCCCGACAUAUUACCGAUGUUUGCAGAAGGUGCUUCGGAUCCCAACAAGGUUGAGACUAUCAUGUACCCUGCAGAGAGCGAAGACUUUUCUGCUGAUGCAAGCAAACUGGAUACAUGGGUCUUCGAGAAACUUUUGGAUUUUUUUAAGGAAGCAGAACGGAACUCAACCCUGAAGUCCAUGCUGCGACGCGACGGUAUCGUCAUUUUCUUACACCUCCUGGGCUUAGAUACAAAUGGGCAUGCCUUUCGCCCAUAUUCGGAAGAAUAUCUGCGGAAUAUUAGGCUUGUGGAUGACGGGCUGAAGGAGGUUAUUCAAGUGAUCGACAAGUUCUAUGGCAACGAUGGCAAAACAGCGCACAUCUUCACUGCCGACCACGGCAUGAGCAACCGCGGGAAUCACGGAGAUGGACAUCCCGACAAUACACAAACUCCUUUGAUCGCUUGGGGCGCUGGUGUAGCAAAGCCUGAACGAAAGGUGGUGACCGGGCAUGAUCAGCUUUCGGCAACUUGGGAUCUUCACGAUCUCCGUCGGUUGGACGUAGAGCAGGCAGACAUCGCGCCUUUGAUGUCUUCUUUGAUAGGCCUCCCAUACCCAGUCAACUCCGUCGGCGUGAUACCACUGUCAUAUCUAGCGGCAUCCGAUCACGAGAAAGCGAUCGCACUUGCCGAAAACGCUAAACAGAUCCUGGCGCAGUUCUUGAUCAAGUCGGAGUCGAAACGCCGGAGCGAACCGUUCUUCAAACCUUUUGAACCGCUGAAAGAGCAUCGCGAGCUCGUAGCGGCGGUCGAUGCAAUGAUUGCACAGGAGCGCAUCGAGGAGGCUACCGCGACGAGUCGCGAGCUCAUUGAUAAGUGCAUCCAAGGGUUGCGGUACUUCCAAACAUAUGACUGGCUGUUUCUGCGAUCCGUUAUUGCCCUUGGUUAUGCAGGGUGGGUGGCGUAUAGCACGCUUUUCAUGAUCCGGGGCGAUGUUCUCAAUGAGUCGUCGAAAGGCAAACGACCUGUGAGCCUAACGCCGGCAAACUCUGUCUACGCAACCAGUAUCCUAGUCUCACUUGGCCUAGGCACGUUGCUGUAUCAAAAGGAAUCCCCACUCCUCUACUACAUCUACGCCGCGUUCCCGAUAUUCUUCUGGUCCGAGACGAUCAAGCAGCGCGCUCUUGUAGCAGACUCUGUCGCUGGCUUACGCAGCAGAGGGACGACAAAGUCGGUCGCUGCCAUUGCUGCUUACGCACUUGUUCUUGAGCUCCUGGUCUACAGCUACUUCCGGCGCGAGGUCCUAGCACCGUCUCUCUGGUUCCUAGGUCUUGUAUGGCCAUGGACGUUCCCUGCAGGGUUCCGGCAGAAGCAUUUUGUCUUGCUCGUGUUGUGGGCCGGAUCGUGCCUCGCUACGAGCGUCUUCCCUUUGCUACCUGUAGAGAAAGGGGACAGUGUCCUCUUGGUUGCGGCGGGAGGCAUCGUUAUACUUAUCUCGGGACUCUACGGCUGGCUGAAGGUUCCUUACUACGCUGAUGCCAACCUGCCCGGGUCUGCCGAUGCUUCACGGAACCGACGGAGCUCCAAGAUUCUAGGAUUGGAGAUUGUCAUCGCGGCGAGUAUCAUGGUAACAGUAGAUACCACGUAUCGACUCCAAGCGAAGUCCGGCCUUCCUUUGCUGAAUCAGACCAUCAGUUGGGCCAUCCUUGCAAUCGCGAUAGCCAUCCCCAUCCUGGACGGUGUGCACAAAGGCCAGCACUUCCUGCGACGCCUAGUCAUCAUCUAUCUGUCUUUUGCACCGGUGUUUGUCCUGCUCAGCAUUUCCUACGAGGUGCUCUUCUACGCCUGUUUCAGCAUGACGCUGCUCUGCUGGCUGUUGGUCGAGAAGGCUCUUGCCGAGGAUGUGGAUGACGCGGUGUAUAGUGAGGGCUCGGUAAGUGUGCGGGCAACAGGAAAAGAACCACCAUCAAACCGCUCCCUCGGCCUCAGCGACCUCCGCAUCGCGGGAACCUUCCUCCUCUUCAUCAACGUCGCCUUCUUCGGCACCGGCAACAUCGCCUCCGUCUCCUCCUUCUCUCUCGAAUCCGUGUACCGCUUCACCACCGUCUUCAACCCCUUCCUCAUGGGCGCCCUCCUCAUCUUCAAAAUCCUGAUCCCGUUUUUCCUCCUCUCCUCCAUCUUCACCGUCCUCGGCCGCAUCCUCCGCCUCCCGCCGUUCAGCCUGUUUUGUCUCGUGCUGAGCACCACGGACAUUAUGACGCUGAAUUUCUUUUUCCUGGUGAAGGAUUAUGGCAGCUGGCUGGAGAUCGGAACCACUAUCAGCCAUUUUGUGAUUGCGAGCGCUUUUAUUGUGUUUCAGAUUGUGCUGUUUGGCGUUAGUUAUGGGUUGGUUGGGGGCGUGCUUGUGCCGGAUGUGAAGAGGGUGCGCGGAAAGAAGGACAAGUGA